AUGAUUGAAGAGUUGAUGGAAAAGGCAUAUUCUUGUUUUAGUAAAACAUCUACCACCGAAUCAAGAGAGGGAUACAAUAAUUCUGGUAAAAAUUUUAAGAAUAAUAAUAAAAUUGGAUCAAUUAAUGUUUUACCUAGACUUCUUAAUUCAUUUCAACUUCCAUAUACUCAUAACAAUGAUAUUACCAAUAAAAAUAAUAAUAAAAUAAAUGAUUUUACUUAUUCAACUCCUGAAAUUUUAUUACCAACCUCCUUACCAUCUGAUGGUGAUUUAGAUCAGGCAUUUGAAAAUUUAUUAAAAGAAUUUGACUUGUCAAAUGAACAAAAUGAACAUCUUAGAAGGCAACCUAAAGAAAAAAAAUGGUUAAUGAUUGUUGAACAAACCAUUCGCCAGGGGCAAUUAUCACGCCAGGAGUCUUGUGAAUAUUAUAUUGACUUAUUAUCUAGAUAUAUUUUAUUAUAUCCAGAUGGAAAUGAUGCUAGUGAGGCAUCACAACAAAUUGAAGAAUUAGCUAUUUGCCUUAGAACCGGAUCAACUUCAUAUUUAGAAAAUUUUAUUUCUCUUGGUGGUUUAGAGAAAUUAACUAAACUUGUUGAGUUAUCAUUAAAAAAAUCUUCCAGAUAUAAAACUGUCCUUCCAAUAUUACAAUGUCUACGAGCAUUGAUGAAUUCUUCUGUUGGUAGAGAAGCUGUUUUGUAUAAUAAUUCAAAAACAUUAUAUUACAUUGCUGGAGCUAUAUCAUUUCCAAAUGCCAGAUGCAAGUUAUUGGCUUUAUCAUUACUUUCUGGAGUUUGCCUGUUAUCUGAAGAAGGACAUAGUGGUGUAUUGAAAGCUUUUACAAAAGCUAUAAAAAUUUUUGGAGAACGUAGUCGAUUUCAAAGAUUAUUAGAUGAGUUAAAUAGAGAGCAAGAGGAAAAAAAAGAUACAGAAAAAGUUAGAAUUGCUGUUAUGGGAUUACUUAAUGCACUUCUUAAAAGUGGAAUUUCAGAGAAUUCUUUACAAUUCCGUCUUCAAUUACGUUAUGAAAUGUUAAUGUUAGGAUUACAAGAAGUUAUUGAUAAAUUAAAAAAUAGUAAUAAUCAAACAUUAGAAGAUCAUUUUGAGUUAUUUGAAAUGAUGAGAGAAGAAGAUGAAUUAGAAUUUGCUUCAUCACUUUCAAUAACAUCAACUAACUCAUCAUUUGACUAUGAAUCACCAAAUAUCAUCGUAGAUACUAUUUUACGAAAAUUAGACAAUUCAAUAGCAUUACCAUAUUUUAUUAGUAUCCUCCAACAUUUAUUAAUGUUACCUGGUGAUGUGAAAAAUAUACCUAUAUGGAAAUUAUUUAACCUUAUCUUACAACAACUCAUAUUUCAAGUUAAUUCUGAUGAAUUUAAUUAUUCAGCUUAUAUAGAUGAUGCAUAUAAAAUAAAUGUUAAUCAGUUAAUGGAAAAAUUAAAAACACAAAUUGAAUAUGAUCAAUUACAAAGAAAAUUUGAGGAAGUACAAAGAGAUUUAUUGAAUGAAAAAGAAAAAGUAAUUGAAUUGGAGAAUCGAUUAGCUGAUAUUCAAGAUGGUAGUAGUUUAGAUUGUUUUUCUAGAAUAUCUGAAACAUCCUCAAAUCCUUCUGAUCCCUGUCAUUCACCAACACCAACUAUUACAUCUAAUGCCUCAAAUUCAUUAUCAUACAUCAAUAAAAAUGCCCCACUUCCACCACCAUUACCAUCUGCAUUUGGAAAAGUUAAAUUAAAACAUAUAAAAUAUAAAAAUGUCCCAAAGUCAGAUAACUCAUUAAAAUCAAUAAAUUGGUCUGUGAUACCACAAGAAAAGAUACCAGGUACAAUUUGGGAAAAUUUAGGUGAUGAAAAAAUGUAUGAACAAUUAGAUUUACCCUCAAUAUCAUUAAAUUUCUCCUCACAAAAACAUGAUGAUAUCUCUUCAGAUAAUGGUACAAUGAAUACAUUAACAAGAAGAUUAAAAAAUGAUAAUCUCAUUUCUGUUAUUGAUAGUAGAAGAGCACAAAAUUGUAAUAUAAUGUUAAGUAAAUUAAAAAUGACAAACAAAGAAAUUAAAAAUGCCCUUUUAAAUAUGAAUGAAAAAAAUAAAAUACCAAAAGAUAUGAUUGAACAAAUGUUAAAAUUUGUUCCAACUAUUGAUGAAGUUGAUCAUCUAAAUGAAGUUCUUCAAAAAUAUAAAACACCAACAAUUCUUGCUCCGGCAGAUAGAUUUUUGUAUGAAGUAUCAACAAUAAUACGUUAUGAACAACGCUUAAAAUGUAUAAAUAUCAUAAGAACAUUCUCUGAAAAAGCAGAAGAAUUACUAAAAUCAAUGGAAUCUGUAUCAAAAGCAUCAAAUGCAUUAUCAUCAAAUCUACGUCUAAAAACUUUACUAGCAUUAAUUUUAUCUAUUGGUAAUUAUUUAAAUCAAGGAAAACACAAUGGAAAUGCUUUUGGUUUUCAUUCACGAUCCUUGUCAUCAGUAACAGAUGUCAAAUAUUCUUAUAAAAAUGAUAAAAAUUUAUUACAUUAUAUUGUUGAGAUGGUUGAGGAAAAAUAUCCUAAUGUAGUAUCAUUAAAUAAAGAUCUCGCAGUUGUUUAUGAUGCAAGUAGAGUAAAUGAAGCUGAAGUUAGAAAUGAAUUUAAAAUUUUAGAAUCAUCUUUACACUUUUUAAUAAUUGAAUUAAAGAUACAAAAACAAUUAAUUGAAGAAAAUAAAGAAUGUAAUGUGGGAUUACCAGAUAUUAUUGAGGAAAUUGAUGAAAAUGGUAUUUCAAAAUCAACGAUACCAUCAGCAAAAAAUUUCAAAGAAAUGGAUAAGUUUGUUAAUGUUGUAACAUCAUUUCUUUCAACAAGUAAGGUAACUCUAAGAAAUCUUCAACGUAAUUAUACAAAAUUUCAAGAAUCUCUAAAUAAUUGCCUAAAAUAUUUUGGUGAAGAUAAUAAAAUGAUAACAGGAGAAAGCUUUUUUAGUAAUUUUUCAAAAUUCUUAAACUCCUUCGAGGAAUGUAGAAAUACAUUGGUGGCAGAAAAGGAAGAAAAUGAAAGAAUUAAAAGGAAUACACUUAUAAAGAAACAAUUUCCUAAAAAAAUUGGUAAACAAAAUAAAAACCAUUUUAAAAAAAAUCAGGAGAAAGAUUUUGAAAAACUUCUUAAUGCCAUACAAAGCGGUGAGAUAUUCCAUGAUGAAUUAAAUAGACUUAGGGCAAGUUUUAGAGAAAGUAAAAGAAGUAGAAAAAUAAUAUCAAUAUCAUAA